AGCAAGUUCAAACCUAUCAAUUAACUAGUCGGCAGGUCUCAUUCCAGCUAAACUUGACAUCGCCCUCGGCUACUGGCCGUGACCUUGGCUUCUUUGUCUCUCCAAAACACAAGAGAAGCAAAACCUUUUGCACCAAUGACUGCUUUCAUUUCCAACAAGCUAAUCCAACCUACGAGCCAAGCUCCCCAAGUGGUUCCUCGGAUAUCCAAAAUCAAAGAAAGGAUGAAAACUUGCAGAGUGGUCUCAACCACAUAUUCCUUGACUAAGAGCAAUAGAUUCAGGCCCAGUUAUACCACCAAAGUUGCUGAACAGAACGCCGGAUUUGUCGGUGACGAAGAAGUACAAGAAGAGUUUAAAACACUUUCUCAUCUCAAAACUAAACUCUUCCAGGAAGCCAAAGGAAUCAAUAGAGGGAUUUUUGGAGUACCAUCUUCAAAGAAAUCUGAUAUUGAAACUCUGGUGAAGCUGCUAGAAUCUCAGAAUCCAACUCCAGAUCCUACCUUGAAUCUAGAAAAGGUGGGUGGCUGCUGGAAGCUUGUUUACGGUACAAUUACAAUCUUGGGUUCAAAGAGAACAAAGCUGGGAUUGAGAGAUUUCAUCACCUUGGGAGAAUUUUUCCAGACCAUUGAUGUUGAAAAGAGCAAAGCAGUUAACGUGAUCAAAUUCAGUGCCAGAGGAUUGAAAUUGUUAAAUGGGAAGCUGACAAUUGAAGCUUCCUUCAAGAUCACGUCCAAAUCAAGAGUUGAUAUAAAUUAUGAGAACUCAACCAUAACUCCUGACCAGCUGAUGAAUGUCUUCCAAAAAAAUUAUGAUCUUUUGCUUGGUACCUUCAAUCCAGAGGGGUGGCUGGAGAUCACAUAUGUAGAUGAAACCAUGAGGAUAGGGAGAGAUGACAAAGGGAAUAUCUUCAUAUUAGAAAGAUCAGAAGAAGCCACAGUCUAGACAUCAAUUUCUUGACAUAAAUUCUAUUGUUAACUUUAAGCUUUUCAACAUUUAAUUUCACACAAGCUCCAAUUUUGCUGAAUUCAGUUGAAAUUUCUGAUAUAUAUCACUUUGUUUUCUAUGUUUGAGAAUGGGUAGAAAAUUCAAAAUGGGUUUUUUUUUACAUGGUGUAAGUUCCCAAGGGCAUCAUCAGGGUUUAGUCGGGAGAGUUUGUCAGCCUAUGCGUUUAAUUUCACAUAGAAUGUUUAUUAGAAUGAUCUU